CGCCUCAUACCAAACGGUGUCGUUUCUUUGCUGUAAAUUUUACCUUUUUGCUUUUUCUGCAUUUUAUUUUUAAAUUUUCGUGCUCCAACGGAAACAUUUUUUGGUACAACGAAAGUUUACGUAAGUUAGGUGACAUAAUUGCCAUGUCUGCAUUGGAAAACGGAAUUAUCAUUUCCAACACGUUAACCGGCAAGUUCGACCUCCAUCUAAGAGGGAUUGAGUUACUCUUGUCUUCGUCAAGAUAUUUAUACACACGACAAUGAGAAAUGUUCAGAGUCAGAUUCUCUGUCACUCCACACCUGACUCAUUUCUCAAAUUUCUCUACCAUUGGUCUAUGGAACUCCUACAUAAGGGAAGCUGUGAAUCAAGGCCAUGCGGGGAAGGCUCUUGUUCUUUGCCGUCAGAUGAAGCAAAAUGGUAUCCAACCCAACAAUUCCACUUUCCCUUUCGUCGCCAAAGCCUGUGCCAAACUCUUAGAUAUCAAACAAUCCCAAAUCAUCCAUGCCCUUGUCGCCAAAUCACGGUUUCAAUCAAAUGUAUUUGUGCAAACUGCAAUGGUUGACAUGUACAUUAAAUGCGAUCAACUGGAAGACGCAUAUAAUGUAUUUGUCGAAAUGCCCACAAGGGAUGUCGCUUCUUGGAAUGCUAUAUUACUGGGUUUUGCUCAGGCUGGUUUCCUCGAUCGGGUUUCUUGUCUUCUGCAUCAGAUGAGGAUUUCGGGGACUCAACCGGACUCCGUAACCGCCUUGGCUCUGACUCAUGCCGUUUUGAUUACGAAAGAUCCUAGAUUUGUUGGUUCGAUUCAUUCUUUUGGAAUUCGGAUUGGAACUCUUAUUGAUGUGUCGGUGGCUAACACUUUGAUUGCUGCAUAUGCUAAAUGUGAUGACUUGGUCUCGGCAGAGACAAUGUUCGAUGAAACUGAUGUUGGUCUAAGGUCUGUUGUCUCCUGGAAUUCCAUGAUUGCCGCAUAUUCAAAUUUUGAGAAACAUGACGGGGCUCUAUGUUGUUACAAAGAGAUGCUAGAUGGUGGGUUUUUCCCAGAUAUUAGCACCAUUCUCAAUUUGCUUUCAUCUAUUGUGCAACCCAAAGCACUAUUUCAAGGUAUGCUCAUUCAUUCUCAUGGAGUCCAGCUGGGCUGUGAUUCCGACAUAUGUGUGGUUAACACUCUUAUUUCUAUGUAUUCCAAGUGUGGAGAUAUUCAUUCUGCAAGAUUUUUGUUUGAUGCCAUGUCUUGCAGAACUUGUGUUUCAUGGACUGCUAUGAUCAAUGGGUAUGUUGAAAAAGGAUAUAUGGAUGAAGGAUUGACCUUGUUCAAUAAAAUGGAAGCAACUAGUGAAAAACCUGAUCCGGUUACCGUGCUUGCUUUGAUCUCAGGUUGUGGCCAGACAGGCGCGCUUGAGCUUGGAAAAUGGCUUCACACUUAUUCCAUAUCCAAGGGGUUGAAAGAUGACGUUGUAGUUUGUAAUGCACUGAUUGACAUGUAUGCCAAAUGUGGAAGUAUCAAUAAAGCUCGAGAGCUUUUUUAUAACCUAACUGACAAAACUGUGGUCUCCUGGACAACUAUCAUUACUGCUUGUGCUUUAAAUGGAUAUGUUAAUGAGGCUCUGGGCCUUUUUUCCAUGAUGGUAGAUCUAGGAAUGAGACCAAACCACAUAACAUUUCUUGCCAUUCUUCAAGCUUGUGUACAUGGAGGCUUACUUGAGAAAGGGUUGGAAUGCUUCACUUUGAUGGCUCACAAAUAUGGCAUAUACCCAAGCAUAGAUCACUAUUCAUGUAUGGUUGAUCUUCUCGGUCGUAGAGGACAACUAAAGGAAGCUCUGGAAAUUAUCAAAACUAUGCCUUUUGAACCUGAUGCUGGAAUAUGGAGUGCAUUGCUCAGUGCUUGCAAGCUUCAUCGUAAUAUGGCAAUGGCCAGGUAUGUGUUUGAACGGCUCUGUGAAAUGGAUGCUCAGGGGGCUGUUCCUUAUGUAGAGAUGGCUAAUUCAUAUGCUUCUGCUGGAAUUUGGGAUGGAGUUGCAGCUGUGAGGAGAAAGAUGAAAAAUCUUAAUGUGAAAAAAUCUCCAGGACAAAGCAUUGUUCAAGUGAAUGGAAAAUCUAAUGUGUUCACAGUUGAAGAUAGAGAUCACCCUCAAGCCUUGUACGUAUAUGAUAUGUUAGAUGGUUUGUUGUCGCAUUGUAGACGAAUGAUAUGGACUCAUUCAGAUGAGGUUUCUGAACUUGAAUGGAAUUGAAGCCAUUACAGAAGGACAUCGUACACUGACGUUGAUCGAACACAUGAAUUAUUUGUGGAUAGUGAAUAAACAAGUAAUUAUUCUUUUCCUUGCCUUGCGUAUUUGUCGACAGCACUGACCAAAGAUUGUUGCUUAAGGUUAUUUCUAGUUUGGGAGAAGAGAAAAGGGAAAAUUAUGCAGCCGCUUAGCAUCUUUGGGCUAGCUCCACCCAAGAACCAAAUUUACGUUAAAAAAAAAAAAUUUGUAGUUUAAGAAAGGUACCAAUUAUAAAAUGUAAUAUGAGUUGAUUUUGCGAGUUGGUAGCGGGCAAUGGCAACCUGCAUUCUAUUAACCGGGUAAGCCUG